AUGCAUUACUAUCAUGCGAAGGAGGCGGUUCUUAAAGCAAGCCGCACUCGAAAAGACGUGCCUGCAGAAUAUCAAAAGAUCGGGAUCUUUGCGGACAUCUCCGCCAUGACACUGCGGAAAAGAAAGACCUUCGGCAACAUCACCGCAGCUCUGAGAGACAACAACAUCGCUUACGGGUGGGGAUACCCGACUAAGUUACUGAUCCAGCGCAACGGAACUCUCACGGCUAUCAUAUCCCCAGAGGAAGGUCUACAAAAGCUGGGGACUGGGGCAUCACUCCGCUCACAGAAACGCAGAGACCCGCACCGAAUGAGCGGCAAACCUCUGCAUGGAAGAAGGCGCGCAAAUAGCCCUGGACAGGGAGCACGCACAGACUUUUUACAAUGCCCGCAAGUAUACCUUGACACUGUGCUGUAUCCCGCAGUAAUCUAUAGCCGUGUUACAUAUAAUGUUUAA